AUGAAGCUCAACCUCUCACUCACUUUCGUCACCGCUUUGGCUACCGCCUUUGCUGGCGUCGAGGCCGGCGUUCACAAGGCCAAGCUCCAGAAAGUCACUCCUUCUCGUGAGCUCACCCUUGAGGGUCUUGCCGCUCAGGCCGAACUCCUUCAGCUCAAGUAUGGCCGUGGUUCUUUCGAGAAGCAGGCUCCCUUCUCCGCCAACCCCGAGCACGACUUCACCAUUCAGCCUAUCGCUGACACCAACCAGGCUGCCGCUUGGUACGCUGAGGCCAAGAAGGGUCACGGUGUUCCAUUGACCGACUUCCUCAAUGCUCAGUACUUUUGCGACAUCUCGCUCGGUACCCCUGCUCAGGAAUUCAAGGUGAUCCUUGACACUGGCUCCUCCAACCUUUGGGUCCCUUCCAACAAGUGCUCUUCCAUCGCUUGCUUCCUCCACAAGAAGUACGACAGCUCCGCUUCCUCUUCAUACAAGAAGAACGGUACCGAAUUCAAGAUCCAGUACGGCUCUGGCUCCAUGGAGGGCAUCGUUUCCAACGAUGUUCUCAAGAUCGGCGACCUUACCAUCAAGGGGCAGGACUUUGCUGAGGCCACUAGCGAGCCCGGCCUUGCUUUCGCUUUCGGCAAGUUCGACGGUAUCCUCGGUCUUGCUUACGACACCAUCUCGGUCAACGGCAUCGUUCCUCCCAUGUACCAGAUGAUUAACCAGGGCUUGCUAGACGCUCCUCAGGUUUCCUUCUACCUCGGCAGCUCCGAGCAGGAUGGUGGCGAGGCCGUCUUUGGCGGUAUCGAUGAGAGCCACUACACUGGCAAGAUCCACUGGGCUCCCGUCAAGCGCAAGGGCUACUGGGAGGUCGCUCUUGACAAGCUUGCUCUCGGCGACGAGGCGCUCGAGCUUGACAACGGUUCCGCUGCCAUCGACACCGGCACAAGUCUCAUCGCCAUGGCCACCGACACUGCCGAGAUCCUCAACGCUGAGAUCGGUGCCACCAAGUCCUGGAACGGUCAGUACUCGGUUGACUGUGAAAAGGUCAAGGACUUGCCUCCCCUAACCUUUUACAUUGAUGGUAAGCCCUUCAAGCUUGAGGGUAAGGACUACGUUCUUGACGUUCAGGGCUCCUGCAUCUCGUCCUUCUCCGGCAUCAACCUUCCUGGUCCUCUCGCCAACAUGUUGAUUGUUGGUGAUGUCUUUUUGCGAAAGUACUACUCGGUUUAUGACUUGGCUAAGAACGCCGUCGGUCUCGCCGCUGCCAAGUAA